UGAUUGCACGCGGCUCGAGCUAGUGGUUCUGUGAAGAUCUUCUUUAUUGCUUUCCGAAAGCGCGAGAGAAGUAGAGGUUAGUACCUCUGUUCGUCCGUAGUUCCGUGCACGAUUCAACAGUACCUCAGCUCUAGCAUUUGAACCAACCAUCAAGUCUUAUUUAAUACUUUGCUCCUUUAGCAAAGCUAACAGCUUCUUAGCAAUCAGAAACCACUUAGUUAAGUACAAAUAAAGACAUUAAUCAUUUGUCUUAAUUUAAUGAGUACUGUGUCGUAAGUUGGUGACACUGAUAUAUGCUAAAGAAGACACAUGUCAAAGCGUUGCACAUAUUUCUAAAUAUUUCAUCUAUUUCUAGAUAAUUUUAUUAAAAUCUCUAAAAUUAGUCAUUAAGCACCAGUCCACGAACAUGAACAUUCACAUCCUAUUGCUUAAAUUAAAAACCGUGUCAUUUAUCACGGUUGUUAUUUAUGUUACCCACCUGAGCCAACAAAACGGCGGAGCUGCUGCGACAUCUACAGGCAGAAUAACCGAAGUGUUGACCCAGCGGACAUCAGAAGGCCCCCAACUGUCCAGUUGUCCAGUGAGUGAGCUAAUAGCCGAUCUUCCAGUCUGGCGAGAUGUACCCCACGGUCAAGACGUUGUACUGCGAACAGAAAACGCCAUCUGUAGCCUUGGCGCCGACUGUACAAUGACAGCCAACAGAAGAAGCACUGAAAAAGCCUCAGAAAUUAUCAUAGAGGUGCAGGAAGGCGACUGGUUAAACUUUAGGCCACUUCAAGUAAACACUGAGCAAGAGAGAAAUGAUAGUAUGGAGAUAAGAAUAACUAACUCAACUAUAGAUGGCAGUGCUAUCUGUACUGAAAUUACAUCACCUCUGGUAAUUGAAGAAUGGAGUCCUAAUACAUCAAAUACCACUCCCAUCAAGUUUGACGUCUUCUUUCCAGGAAUGAACUUUCUAAGUAUUAGCAUGAAAUCGUCAAAAUUACAAUGUGAAUUGAUGUGGAGAGUGCAGGUGACUAUGAAACCGCCAGAGUGCCGUUUGGCGCCUACCGAAACAAUUUGCUCGGGUAAAGGAACCUGUGUAGCUGAUUCAGAGAAGAAUAUUUUUACUUGUCAGUGUUGCCAAGGUUAUAUUGGUCGUUAUUGUGAAGAACGAGAUGGUUGCUAUGGUAACCCUUGCAACCAUGGUGGAUUCUGUGUUGAUAUUACUGAAGGGCUUGUUGAUACUACCUUCCAGUGUCUUUGUCCUCAUGGUUAUCAUGGACAGACUUGUGAUGACGUAGUGAAUCUUUGUGAUCGUCAGCCAUGUUUGAACAAAGCUACCUGUUGGGGGAAUCAAACGACUUACCUUUGUGAUUGUCAGCCGGGCUUUGAAGGGAAGAACUGUGAAAUAAACAUAGAUGAAUGUUUAUCAAAUCCCUGUGUGUAUGGAGUUUGUGAAGAUGGUAACAGUGGGUACAAAUGCUAUUGUUUACCAGGUUACGGAGGCGAUCACUGUGAAUUUGAAUAUGAUGAAUGUGAUUCUAGUCCGUGCAUUAAUGGCGGUGCUUGUGAGGACCUGGUUGCAGGAUACAAGUGUCACUGUGGGCCAGGAUAUAAAGGUCGCAGAUGUCAAGUGAAAGUAGAUUUGUGCCAACAUAACCCUUGCCCAAGCCCAGCGCAGUGUGUCGACAAAGGCAACAACUACAGUUGUAUCUGCCAUCCUGGAUAUAACGGGGCAGGAUGUACACAACAUUUCGACCCCUGUUACCCCAGUCCAUGUGAGAAUAGUGGAACAUGUUGGCCUAGCCUUGACUCAUUCUUUUGCUCUUGUUUACCGGGUUAUACAGGAGACAUGUGUGAAGCUCAUCUGCUACACCCAGCCAAGCCAUUAGCACACACUCAAGAAAAGACAGAAAAUCCACAAGAAGGAGCUGUGAUCGACACAGUUAACGUGUCCUUGGAUCAUGUGCACAAUAUUUAUAUUGCUGCCUCUACACUAGCUGGAGCCUGCCUAAUGGCAAUCAUUGUCGUAACUAUAUAUCAUUGUCGAGUUCAUAAGUCCUACCAACGCUUCGUCAGGAAGUCUGGCAGGUCUCGAUCCGAGAAAAUAAAGCAACAAAAAACUGUGUACGAAACGACUACGAUAGACCUAAGCGACAACUUAGACCGGCCACUAAUUGCCUGAGUGUUUCCUUUAUUCCUGAUCUACUUUCCAUCUCACCUUUUCGAGCUGACUGAUGCGAUUCAUCAUUUGUUUAUUGAAGAAGUAUUGGUCGUCUGUGUCCAAAUGUUGUCACGUAAAAAGUGAAGAAAGUACGAAGAUCAACAACGCCGUUCUCUCUCCAGAACAAUAAGACUGUUUUCAUAUACUAAAAUAAGCAUUAAAAAUUCAACUAAAAUGCCAUAGUUAGAAAGUGCAGAUCCACAUUCUAGAAUAUGUGAGUUAAAAGUAUCUGUUUGCCUUCUUCUAUACCCAUACAAACACAUGCUUUAUUGUACAAUUUUCUUUUUUACUUUCAUAAAUGUUCAUACUUUAAAUUUCGUUGUCUCGAUUGAAAAUUUACUUAAUUGUGAUUCUUUUGAGUUAAAUUCAUUUCUUAACAUAUUUAUAUUUUCAAUUCCGUCAAAAGAAACGUCUUUGUUAAACUUAUCCUGUGUUUCGAACUAAUAUUUCUCCUCUGAAUGAUAUAGAAUUAUGUAAAGCUUUCUCUGUUCUACUGAUUUUGUGUUCUGUAGAAACAAGAUUUUUUCUUUCUAAAAUCAUAAUCCUCUUUACCAUUUCAAGAUUCUAAAAUCCUUUCAAUUCCAAAGCCAUGAAGUACCCUAUUUCAAGCUACAAAAUCCUUAUGAAAGUAUAUGAUUCAAAAAUUUGCAAAAUCCACUAUAUAAUGCAUUCUAAGAUGAAAGGUCAACAGUGUUCUGUAAAUUAUUCCUAGAAUCAAAAAUCUAGAACUGUCUAAAACAUGCAUUUUAUGUACUAUGUAUACAAAUUAUUUUGCUUCUAAAAAGAUACACAGAGAUCUACAUAUGACAUGGUUCAUAGUUCAUCAUGCUCACUGGAGUCUCCGUUUCGAAUAAUUAGACAUAAAUAACGCUUUUGAUUAAGUUAAUCGAAGAGGGUUAGAAAUUGUUAGGAUGUACAGUUCAUUGGUCAACUGUUCGUUAUACAUUAUUUUACUGUUCAGCUAAUUAUUUAAUGGGCCAAUAAUAUAUGAAAUCUUAAUUUUAGAUCGUAGUGUUUCGUCCUUUGUUGUGUGAUGGACGAUGUUGAUGAUUCUUAUAAAUACAUCAUUUCUCAGACUCCAAACGUGAUGCUUCUUAUUAGGAAAAACAUCAAUAUUUCUACAAAGAAGUCAUCGAGCGUUAAUGACGAAAAUUCUAGACCUAAUUUCGGAAUUAACUUGUUAAUGUAUCGAAUUAUAGACGUAGGUAUAAGAGUAAGAACAGUUUGUGGAUUAACAAUCCUUAUUUAUCGCAGCCCAUUUCAAGCAAAAUAUUGCUAAAGUAGUGUUUAGUAUUUUUAAAGUUUGAUUCUUUUUAAACGAAACGAAAUUACUAUAUUUAUAAAAGAUAUAUUGACGGAAAUUUAAAAAACACUACUUCAAGUCUCUCCAAUAAAAUAUGCGAGAAAACUUAAACUACCAUUCCAUCAUGAAUUAUUUGUGUGUAUAUAUUAUGUAACCAUUCCGUCGUGAUUUAUUUUGUGUGUAUGUAUUAUGUAACCAUUCCGUCGUGAUUUAUUUUGUGUGUAUAUAUUAUGUAACCAUUCCGUCAUGAUUUAUUUUGUGUGUAUAUAUAUUAUUUUACCUUGUAGACGAAUUCAUGCAUGGUAUAAACAGCUAUUCGAUUUUCAUCAUUGUUGUUAUUCUCUUUUGAAGCCUGUGUUUAAUUGUAGCUCUUGUAGAAUAUUAUUUUGUACUGCUGAUAACUAAAAGCCAGAUUGGAAUUUCUUAAUUCAUAUCCAUUAACUUUCGUUUUUGUUUAAACCUCUCAAGAAUAAAUUAUACAUCUUUUUAGCAGUAUUAGUUUACCGUGCUUACUCCAAAUUUUACAUUGUGUUGUUAGUGUUAACAUUAAUUUAUUUCUUAGUGUAACAACUAUGUAUAUAUAUCGGAUGUGCUGUAAAUCAUGAAUCGGUGGUUAACUAAUGAAUGUUUUACUCUACGCUUGUAGUGUGUCAGAUAUGAAUAACGCUUCAAAUGGUUAUAAUUACACUUAUUGCCUUCUUACUGACCCAAUAAGGCCAAAAGUUAUAUCAAAAAAGUAAACAAACCCACCUCCUCCAAGGCCAAAACAUAUAUCAAAAAGUACACAAACCCACCUCCUCUAAGGCCAAAACUUAUAUCAAAAAGUACACAAACCCACCUCCUCCAAGACCAAAACUUAUAUCAAAAAGUACACAAACCCACCUCCUCCAAGACCAAAACUUAUAUCAAAAAGUACAUAAACCCACCUCCUCCAAGACCAAAACUUAUAUCAAAAAGUACACAAACCCACCUCCUCCAAGGCCAAAACAUAUAUCAAAAAGUACACAAACCCACCUCCUCCAAGGCCAAAACUUAUAUCAAAAAGUACACAAACCCACCUCCUCCAAGGCCAAAACUUAUAUCAAAAAUUAUACUUUCAACGAUUCCUUUAAAAUUCAAUAACUUCGAUUACUGUUUCAAAAAAAAAACGUAUUUUAUGUUCAAUGUAAUUUCUUUUGGCUGUUUCAUUUUUAACGUUAGUACUCUUAAACUUUUUAACGCCAUUUCUUUAGUUAUUCGUUGUUUUUCAACAUUAUAUAUUUUUGUUAUCAUUUUCAGUACGUUUUCUUCUUAUUGUUAAUUUAUCACUUUUAUUGUCACUCAUUUCAACAUUAUUUCUUUUUGUUAUUCCUUUUCAGCAAUUUCUUUCCAAGUCCUGUCCAUUUUAGCGUCACUUUGUUUGAUAAUUUUUAAGAUUAUUCAUGUAUCAAAAGCUUCUUUUUAUCUGUGUUAUUACUUUGAGAUAUUUGACUGUUACUAUACUUAUAAUGAUAGAUAAACAGAGACACUCGGCUACGUCGGUUCCUUGUAGUUUAGUUCAAAAAAUUCAACUUAGUUACACGGGAAUAUAAAAUGUAUAAUAUACUCAUACUGAACAAAAAGAUAUAUUUCAAUAAAUUUUGAAACAUAUACCGGUAAUUUGUGCAAUAGUACAUUCUAGCAACAAAACAUAAGUCAGCUUAAAGUAAAAAUAAUCGGAAUUAUUGUGAUAAUAUUAUUCCUGUGUUCGUUAGUAACCUGUGCCCUAUUUCAGUCGCAGGUA